UUUAAACUUGCAGACGACAGAUCGGCCGAGGCAGACGACCCGGCACCUGUAGACAAGACACAGUGUUCGCGACCUUCUGACAAUGGAGACUGUGAAGAUUUUCUUUUCCGUCUGUGUUCUACUGCUUCUAAAUGGGAUGGUUCUAUGCACCGAGGAGGAUGGAGAAUCGCAUGAGGUAUCAAAGAGGUCACUAGACAGUGUCGGCAGCGGCUUCAUCAAGAGAAAAUGGAACCCAGACAUUGGGAAACGCCCAAUAGAUCAAAUAGGUGCGGGCCUCAUCAAGAGGACCAUGGAACAAGAUGAGGAGGAGAAACGAGAUCUGGACUAUCUUGGCCUUGGCCUCCUCAAGCGUCAGGAGGACUACGAAGAGGAGAAGAGAAACCUGGAUCGUGUCGGAAUGGGGCUGAUCAAGCGACCAAUUGAUACAUUAGGAAGUGGGUUCAUCGAGAAAAGACCCCUUGAUUAUCUUGGGUCUGGUCUGAUCAGGAAACGAUUCUAUGACCCUUUCGAAGACAGCCUGAAAAAAAGGCCCAUUGAUCGUAUUGGGAGUGGCCUUAUUAAGAAGCGGGCCAUUGAUGAACUAGGCAUGGGUCUCUUAAAGCGGCCAGUUGAUUCCCUUGGUUCUGGGUUCAUUAAAAAGAGGCCCAUUGAUUUAAUUGGUUCUGGAUUUAUUAAGAAACGCACACUUGAUUCCAUUGGAUCCGGAUUCAUCAAGAAACGCCCAAUUGAUUCCCUUGGUUCAGGAUUUAUCAAGAAACGCCCAAUCGAUGCCCUUGGUUCAGGAUUCAUCAGGAAACGCCCAAUUGAUUCCCUUGGUUCAGGAUUCAUUAAGAAACGCCCAAUUGAUUCCCUUGGUUCAGGAUUCAUCAAGAAACGCCCAAUUGAUUCCCUUGGUUCAGGCUUCAUCAGGAAACGCCCAAUUGAUUCCCUUGGUUCAGGAUUCAUCAAGAAACGCCCAAUUGAUUCCCUUGGUUCAGGUUUCAUCAAGAAACGCCCAAUUGAUUCCCUUGGUUCAGGAUUUAUCAAGAAACGGCCAAUUGAUUCCAUUGGCUCCGGAUUCAUCAAGAAACGCCCAAUUGAUUCCCUUGGUUCAGGAUUUAUCAAGAAACGCCCAAUUGAUUCCCUUGGUUCAGGAUUCAUCAAGAAACGCCCAAUUGAUUCCCUUGGUUCAGGAUUCAUCAAGAAACGCCCAAUUGAUUCCCUUGGCUCUGGAUUCAUCAAGAAACGGCCAAUUGAUUCCCUUGGUUCCGGAUUCAUCAGGAAACGCCCAAUUGAUUCCCUUGGCUCAGGAUUCAUCAAGAAACGCCCAAUUGAUUCCAUCGGUUCAGGAUUCAUCAGGAAACGCCCAAUUGAUUCCCUUGGUUCAGGCUUCAUCAGGAAACGCCCAAUUGAUUCCAUUGGCUCAGGAUUUAUCAAGAAACGCCCAAUUGAUUCCAUUGGUUCAGGCUUCAUCAGGAAACGCCCAAUUGAUUCCAUUGGCUCAGGAUUUAUCAAGAAACGCCCAAUUGAUUCCAUUGGUUCUGGCUUCAUCAGGAAACGCUCCAUUGAUUCUAACGAUACCGAACUGAUCAGUAGAGAUGCGUCAAAGUAAACGCUCACGGAGACAAUAUUUGAAAAAACCCACACCGUUGUGUCAAAAAAAAUAACAUGCUUGAAAUGGUGGGGAGAAAGACAUAUAAUACCAUAUUUUGAAUUGUCAUACGGAUCUUAAAUUUCCUAAAACGAUAUUAUACUUAAACCUUUCUGUAUUGUGUCAACAUCUUCAGAGAAUUAAUUUUACCAGUAGUAGCGGACACAUGUUUUAAACAAUUCGCUCACUAUGACAAUUUGCUGCUGAUUGAAUCAGAAUAUCACAAUCAUUUCAUUAUUAUGUCCGGAUCAAAAAGAAGCUGAACAGUGUCUUUUGAGAAAGGAAUGCAAUGUUUAACUUUCGUACACUUCUUUAUUCAUUUUUAACCACGAAGAGAGAACCUCGUCAACGACAACUGUGCUAGGAAGUACAGUGGGCCUGGAUGGUGCGUAUUGAAGACAUCUAAGGCAAGCAUGACGUAUCGGACAAUUAUCCUGACAUGAUAGUUCGCGACGUCAUCUAUAUCUGUGAUAGUGUCAUUCUCAGCAUUGCUGUGGGAAAGGAUUUGCAAAACAGAUAUUUUAUAUGACAUUCCAAACAUACAAUCCUUCGUACGAGAAAAUAAGAAAUUGUCAAAAUGCAUACCUAAAUAUUCAUUAAGUAUAAUUCUGUUUUCUAGAGAAAAGGGCAUUUCAAAACGUGUGCUCUUUCAUUUUUUUUUUGCCUUCCCAAUCGUAUUUUUUUCAUACAGACAGCUGAAGUUCUAGAAUGAGUGAGAGAGUGUGAUUCGUAAUGGAUCUCUAUAAUGCUAAUUGUUUUAGCGACGGUACACGUACAUGUUUUGUGGCAUAUGAUAAAUCCUGCAAUCUACCUAUCCUUAAUCAGACUUUAGAUAAUACUGUAUAAAUGUACAUAUGAAUAGGUGAUAGACAGAAACUUCAUCGAAAUCUGACUCGAAAUCUCUACAUCUUGAGGCGAGAACCAUCAGUGUAUAUUUGAAUAUAAUUUAUUGUACAAAUGAGUAAUCUUGUUGGAAGCAACUGUUAAUCUUAUUUUUGAAUAAAUAAAUGGACUCUACGCAGGUA